GCCUGUCUGCAUUAAGAUAUCAGACGCGCGCGCGGCCCCACGGAGUCUCUGUACUCUACGAAACAGUGCUUGCAGUGUAGUCUGUGAUUUUUUUUUUGUUUGGAUUUCAAAGAUGAACGGCGCCAGUGCAAACGCAAACAUGUCAUUUGUAGAUUCUUACAGAAGAUUCAUGGAGAGGAACAGUGAUCCCCGUACAGAAAACUGGUGGUUGAUGUCGGGACCAGGGCCACUCAUCACGAUUCUGGCCACAUACCUAUACUUCUGCACGUCUGUAGGACCGCGGUAUAUGAGAGACAGGAAACCAUACUCAUUGAAAAACACCAUUGUAGUGUACAAUGUCUCACAGAUUUUGAUGAGCAUAUUCCUGGUGUAUGAGGGUUUAGUAGCGGGUUGGUGGAACGACUAUAACUUUUCAUGUCAACCAGUAGAUUAUUCAGACAGCCCGAAAGCAAGAAGAAUGGCAGCUGCAGUCUGGUGGUACUUCUUUGCGAAAAUAAUCGAAUUACUCGACACGAUAUUCUUUGUUUUGAGAAAGAAAAAUAGACAGAUAUCGUUCCUCCAUCUUUAUCAUCACACUAUGAUGCCUAUUUGUGCCUGGAUUGGUACAAAAUUCUUAGCAGGUGGUCACGGAACGUUGCUGGGUGUGAUAAACUCCUUUAUCCACAUCAUCAUGUACUCCUACUAUCUGAUCUCUGGACUUGGUCCACAAUACCAGAAAUUCCUGUGGUGGAAGAGACAUGUCACCACCUUGCAAUUGAUCCAAUUCUGCAUUAUCUUUUACCACAACUUCAGUGUGAUGUUCUGCGAAUGCAACUACCCCAAAUUCAUCAACUUCCUACUGUCACUCAAUGCUGGAAUGUUCCUUUAUAUGUUUGGCAGUUUUUACUACAGAAAUUACGUGAAAUCUGACGACAGAAACUGUAAACCCAUCACAUAUACAAACGGAGUUUCAAAUGGUGUUGUUAAUGAAAAAUGUAAAGAGUCCUAGUUCUAAUUGCUCAAUUACAUUAAGCGGAUUAUUGAUGUGUGAUUUAGUUUAAUUAUAAAUAUAGAUAUAGGUUUGAAUGUAAGACUUGAAAUACUGGACAGGAACAAUCGACAGAACUUACUUUUGCACCGUAAUUUAUAUUAGUUAUCAGAUCACAGUACUAAAAUAGUUAACUACAUUUAAGCAAAGUUAUACUCUGUUAAAGUACUACUAGAUAUCAAUAUGAAAUUUCAUGUGUGAUAGAAAUUUUGCUCUCGAUAACGACUUUUCAUUUACAAUAAGUAAUAUAAUUCACAACUUGAACAACAACAGUGAUUAUGAUGGUAAACUUAUUGCAAAAAAUUCAGGUGUAUCCUUAAUAUUUCCAUCGUGAUAUUGACAUCAGCAGAUAUACAUAGCACGUGUAGUCUACACAUGUUAAAGAGUGACUGUACAACAUUAUUUAAGUUGGUUGAUGACUUCAGAAGUGCAUAGAUGUUGUAAUAAUUAUUAGUCGUCAUAAAUUAUGCAAAUUUGUAUAGCAGGUGAAGAUUAUUGUAAAUCCCCUAUUAAAAUAAUAU